AUGCGCGCACAGCAUGCGAGGGACGAUCGUGCCAAUGGCGCGGCAAACCCAAAACAGGAACAGGACCCCAUCGAAAGAAGAAGGCUACAGAACAGGCUGUCCCAGAGGAAUCAUCGUCGCAAAAUCCGAGACCGAAUUGCCAAACUACAGGAACGGGUAAUCGCGAGUGAGCUCAGAGCCGCGGCGAGCCUCAAUGGUUGGAAUUAUCACCAUCCCACAGCACCAUUGGUGACACCGACACCAGCGUACGAUGUUGAGAGAAAGGUACUAUCGCCUGCUGUCGAGGUUAUGCCUGCGAUGAGUGGUACUUAUCUGCCUGGUUCGACGGGUACCUACUACCCUUUCAGUACUCUGAGUCCAGCACCUCCUCUGCCACCGCAGCCUUCACCAACCUUUCCUCAGUACGAGCCCACUGCGAAAGAAGUCGACUCGUCGGGCUCAUCUUCGCCGUGUGCUCCCACAAACAGCAGUGUAUGUUCUCCAGGCGCUAGCUCCUUCAAUCUGGACAUGGCACCGAAUGCCUCGAAUAACUACGUCCCAUCUGAAAUGAAUGGCCAAUACCAGACUGAGCCAUGGAAUAUCUAUACCCAGAAUUCUCAGUCCAACUUCUACUACAUGACCACAGGUUCUAGACAACGGAAAUAUGAGGCCAAAGGCAGUCAUUCUGCUCCAACCAGACGCUCAGCAAGCAGGAGUUCCGCCACUGUCUACAUCUCAACCUCCCUCACCAAUGGAACAAGCAGCACCAGCUACAAGCGCCUUUCCCAUACAGGGCUUGACAUGUCAGUGCCACAACCGAAGCUUCCUGACCGAGUCUCCUGUGGACUGGAUGCACGCGACAGCCUCUACAAGUCUCUGUCCCUUGCACGGUUCAUCGCCACUGGAUGGCUAUCAACCGAAGCUGCCAUGAAGCAGCCAUCCGCGAGAAAUGGGGAUCUUUCCUAA